AUCUUGUUUUCACUAUGAGAAGUGAAUCGGAUUGUAUGGAUUGGUUGCAGCAGAAAAUGCAAAUUAUGAUUCUUUUUCCUUGUUGGAUUUUUUCAAUCCUGUUGAAUGUGUAACUACAACUAUGGCAACAAGAGUAGAAAUAAAUUCUACUUUGGCGUCUUUGACGACAGUACCUGACUUAAAUGAAAGCAGAAAUGAGGAUAAAUCACAGCGUGUGUAUGUGAGUGUGCUUUCAGAUGCAAGUAACAAGACAAAGGAGGCUUCAGCAUCACUAACUCUUGAAGAGAAGAACAAGUUUGGGAGUACUUUGAGAUCUGCAACAAUGCCGUCACUAGGAUCAAGGCCAAGACUUUUUCCAAAGCCUUUUUCUAAAGAGAAAUCUUCAGAUACUUUUGCAAAUGUAAAACCACCUAUUCCGGCUUUCAGAUCAAGUAGUCUUAUUAGAAAGGCCACUGAAGAAACAUCAUCUGUUAAGGUAUUAAGUGGAAAUGUUCCUCCGUUAGUAGAUCAGACGGUAAUUGAAAAUGAAAAUAAGGCUGGCAGUGAAGUAGUCACAAACAUGACUUUCUACACUGGUCCCAGUGCGAAUACUGUCAUUCUUUUUGAGACGGCAGGCACAGAGCAAUCAAAGGUAAACCUGGCCCAAGAAAAAAGGGCUGCUGAUGACUGCAGAGUAUUUAGUACUAUGCAAACGAAAGAGCUUCAGUGCAAUGCGAAGCUGGAGAAACCAUCUCAGCCAUCUGAAACAUCCAGGAAUAGUGAAGGGUCUCUUCAUAGGCAGAUAUCGUUUUCCUCCAGUCUUAGACCAGUCUCUUGGAAUUCCCUCAAAACUGGUGAAAAAAAAGAUGCUUAUGAAGUUCACCCAGGGGAGAAAAACAGUGAUGAUGCAAAUAAUACCAACAGUGAAGUUGAUUUCUCUAUUGAUGUGCAGCAAAGGCCAAAACAUAGACCAGUAUCUGCUAUUUUUCUGGAAUCAUUACGAGAUCAAAAGCAUCGCACCGUGGAAGCUUCUGAGGAAGAAUCUCCUGCAGAGAAAUCCUGGGUUAGAAAACCAAGGCCUUUGUCCAUGGACCUGACAGCCAAGUUUGAACAUAAAGAUCUUUCUUCUUGCAAGAAGACUUGUUCAUCUCAUGAAAGCAAGGAGAAUGUAUCGAUAAUUUCUUUUACUGACGUGGGCUGUCAUGAUCAGUCUGAAGCGGGGCCAAAAACUGAAGAAACUGAAUUUAAUAAAGUCAGUUCUUCUAAAACAAAUUUGAAGUGCAGUAGUCAGGACAACGGCAUCCUAAAUAAUGGAAAAUACAUAUGGGAAACGAAGCUUAAAUCUAAAAGUGAACAAAUUGAGGCAAAACCAGAAAUAAUGACUAAAUUGCAUGGUUCUGAAAGAAGCCAUGAAACCACUAGUGAAAGCAGAACUAAUACGGAGGGCAAAAGACCAGAUCAAAAAGAAACUUAUAUGUUUCUAGGCUGUGAAAGCCCUGCAGCUUCCUCAGAAAAAGAGAACAAUAUUGUAAGAGGUAGUGUUAAAAAACACAUUAGUUUGUUUACUUCAGAAAAUCCCAGUACCUCAAUGGAUACAGAGCUUCUCCCAUCAACUGCUGAGAAGGAAAACAGAUGUGUGAACAUCCAACAGAGAAUCAAAGAACUGACAACAGAAAAUACUGAUAUUAAGCCAGGAAAUCUACGCAGGUCACUUCAAUCACGACCACUUUCUGCAGAUUUAACAAAGAUGUUUUCAAGUCCGACAUCAAGCAGUGAAGCAAAGCCUGAGAAACCUGCUGAAAUUAGAAACGACUCUAUCAAUGAAAUGCAAGGAAAUCAAAAAAGCAAGGAGGUCACGGUUGCACGUGGCACUGAUUUCACUGAAGCACAUGCUACUGGGAACCCUUGGAAACCCCGGCAGAUUUUAAAAAUAACAAAUAAACCCGAUCAGAUAGAGAGGAAAGGAAGCUGCCUUGGAGAUGGUCAGCAUUUUUCUCAGCAAAGUGAAAAUUCUGUCUCGUUCACAAGCAACUUGGAAAAAAAAUUAAAGCCAACCACACUUAUGGAAAAGACCUACAUUAAAACUGUCCGAGCCACCAUGUUUGACCAUAAUGUUCAGAGGCAUAAUGUUGCUGCUGAUCAUCCUGGAAUUGAUUCUGCACUGAAAAUGAAUAAUGAGCUUGAGGCAAAGCAUGAUGGGGUGACUUCGGGACACAACAGACAAUCAUGGAUGGGAGAAGUGGAGGAAACCACUAGUAUAAAGAAGGAGUAUCACAAGCAAUCUGAUUCAUCAAAACAUAUAGCAGAUGUAGAAAAAAGUGGAAAACCAGCUUGUUCAAGUGAAGGCAAGAAAAUGGCUCCGGGAAUUGUCUUAGAAAAAUCUUUGGUUGAGAAAAGUGAAAAACCCAUUCCUAAAAAUGCAGAAGAUCCUCUAAUUUAUCAAAGAAUAGAGCCGAGAUAUGAAAUCUUUCAGACGUGUGGUGAAAGAGCUCUUAGCGAAGCCAUUAUAAUGGCUCCUGAAAAAAAGGCCAUGACGCUCAGAACUAGAAAAACAUCUUUGAAAGAGAAUAAAAGUGAUGAGGAUGUUUUACACACUGGUCCAAACCUUUAUUACAGGAACCAAAUAAAAAUUUCACGAGUACAAAUUGUAGAGAAGACUCACGGGAAGUUCAUAUUAACAAGGAUUGGGUCAAAGUAG